UUUCCCAAUCCACAUUGUGCGCUAGGCUGAGCUCAUACCAUUCAUCGUCUUCUAUGGAGACAACCAUAUCGCUCUUACACCAUGCUCCAGCCCACGCUCUGCUCAAACCCUCGCGUCUACUCCACUCUACAAUUUCUCAGAGAGUUCUCUGUGUGUGCAGGGUUAGAAUGUCCGCCGCAACGCCGCCGCCUCUUCCGGACAAUCGCGUUGUUUUAGGUUGCGGAGCUGUGUCCGUGGACUUUUUGGCGGCUGUAGCUUCUUAUCCGAAUCCUGACGAUAAAAUCAGAAGCACUAGUUCUAAGGUACAAGGAGGUGGGAACACAGGGAAUGCAUUAACCUGUGCUGCUCGAUUGAGUCUUAAGCCUAAAAUUAUAUCUAAGGUUGCCAACGAUCCUCAGGGUAAAGCAAUACUGGAUGAGCUAGAGGCUGAUGGUGUUGAUUCAUCAUUUAUUCUGGUCUCUGAAGGGGGCAACUCACCCUUUACCUAUGUCAUUGUUGACGAGCAGACGAAAACUAGAACUUGUAUUCAUACUCCAGGAUAUCCACCCUUGACACCAGAUGAGCUAACAGAACCCAAUUUGUUGGCAGCUUUGGAUGGAGCAUGUCUAGUGUAUUUUGAUGGGAGACUGCAUGAGACUGCUCUAGUUGUAGCUCAGGAGGCAUCUCGCAGAGGAAUUCCUAUUUUGAUUGAUGCCGAAAGAAAGAGAGAAGGGUUGGAUGAUCUUUUGAAUUUGUCAACCUAUGUCGUAUGUUCGGCAAAAUUUCCACAGGCAUGGACAGGUGCUCCAUCUGUCCCAAGCUCACUCCUUUCCAUACUUCUAAAGUUGCCAAAUAUCAAAUUUGUUGUGGUCACAUUAGGCGAGGAUGGUUGCAUGAUGAUGGAGAGGUCAAGUGAAAAUACUCUAGCUGAGGAAGUUGAUGUGGAUGAUUUAUUCACAAAACUCAAACAAGAGAAGGACAGCGAUGCAAUCCUGCCUACAGUUGUAUCAUCGAGUUCCAUGAAACUGCAUGCAAAGGGCAUCGGAACCAUUGUUGGGAGGUUACUUUUAGGAACGGCCGAGAAGAUUCCACCAUCAGAACUCGUCGACACCACCGGCGCUGGCGACGCAUUCAUUGGAGCUAUUCUUUACGCACUCUGUGCCAACAUGCCUCCCGAAAAAAUGCUGCCUUUCGCUGCUCAAGUGGCUGCUAUUGGCUGCCGAGGUUUAGGUGCCCGAACAGGUCUCCCACGCAGCACAGAUCCUCGCCUGGUUUCUUUUUUAAACUAGAAAUCCCAAGCGAGGCCGGAUAUAGUGUAUAUCCGUUGGCUGGCCUGAAAAUGGCUCGCGGUCAUGGUCGUCGACUUGGGCUGGUUGUCAUGGUGUUUCUUACAGGAUUUUUCUGGGCUGAUAUCUUGCUAUACCUCCUGGAACACUUGCCUUGAUCUUAUUAUCAUUACUAGUUUUUAUCCAAACAAGAUUGGUGAUUUGAAACUCCUAAAAGAUUGUGGUUAUUUUUAGUGAGGUAUAAAUGUUACGUAUAAUAGUAUUUGUAAUAAAAACAUGAAGUAGAUAUUUAAAUAUAAAUAUUAUAAUAAAAUUAAAUAUGUAAGCAAGAUAGUCAACCAAAAGUGACAGUUACAAGCCCAGUUGGGGGCAUUUAUAGCA